AUGUAUGACAACAUCUCUGAUUUCACAAGAUAUGAUGACGACCAUGACCCCGAACACGGUGAAGAAGAAGUUUUACAAACAUCCAUUAAGACAGGAAAGGUUUUAACACAAAGUCUCAUUAUUGACACCAAAGAUGGUGAAGUGGAUGUUCUUCAAGAGCUGAAGAAAAAUACUUCUUCGGGAGGUGGUGGUAGGCAUGAACUUGAAAUAAAUGAGAUAGAAGAGAAAUUAGCCGAAAAAGCAGAUAAAGAACAUAAACACAAUAUCUCCGAUAUAAAUGAACUUCAAGCUACAUUAAAUAGUAAAGCCGACAAAAAUCAUACACAUAAAUCCUUCACUACUGUUAGAGCAGACGAUUUAAUAUUGAACUUUGACCUUGGUUCAAGUGCACCUUUAGAGAAUCCGAGUACAAGCGUAAAAGAUACUCUUAACAAUUUAGAUAAGAGUUGCAGGAAUAUUGAAAGUCAUGCCAGAAACUUUGAAGCACAUGAACUACCAACAAUGUUAGAUAAGAAAGCAGACAAGAACCAUACACAUGAAUCCUUCACUACUGUUAGAGCAGACGACAUAAUAUUGAACUUUGACCUUGGUUCAAGUGCACCAUUAGAAAAUCCAAGUACAAGCGUAAAAGAUACUCUUAACAAUUUAGAUAAGAGUUGCAGGAAUAUCGAAGAUCAUGCCAGAAACUUUGAAGCAUAUGAACUACCAACAAUGUUAGAUAAGAAAGCAGAUAAAACAGAGCUUCAAACAUUAAAGACAGAAAUACUUCAAACAUUAUAUCCUAUAGGUUCUAUUUAUACGUCAAUGAAUUCAACAAAUCCAGAAACAGUUUUAGGUUUUGGUACUUGGGAACAGAUUGUAGACAAAUUCUUAUACUGUGCUAACUCUUCAAAGCAAACAGGAGGCUCAAAGAAAAUUAAAGAAGCAAACUUACCUGCGCACACUCAUACAGGAACUACAAACUUUUCUGGCGACCAUAGCCACUCAUUAAGAGACCAUCCAUUAUACAACUCAGAAUAUAAAGCUGGCAAUGACGUUUUAUCUCCAUCUUAUAACAAUGCAGCAAAAAAGACUUUUCGACCAACUGAACCAGGAGGAAAUCAUGUCCAUACUUUCACAACAAAUCCAACAGGCUCGGGUGCAGAUUAUAUGCCACCAUUUGUGACUAUAUUCGCAUGGUAUAGAGUUCAAUGA